AUGAUCGUGGAUCACUCUCUUGAUCAUGAGGACAUGAGCGGGAUCGUUGUCGGUGUCGUGAGCACAUGUCUUGUAUUGAUCACAUUGGCUGUUGCUGCCAGGGUAUAUACUCGUCUUAUCAUCCUCAGGACGUUUGGCCUAGACGACUAUGCGGCCGUCCUGUCCCUAUUCUUUACAUUCGCCUGCGGCCUGGUAAUUGGCCUGAUGGCUCGUCAUGGCUCCGGGAAGCACAUCUGGACUGUACAGGCUAGUGAUGUCGAGACCUACUUGAUCCAAUUUUACCUCAGCAUCGUCUUCUAUAAUGCAUCUAUCAUGGCGACCAAGGCUGCGUUUUUGCUCCAAUACUACCGAGUCCUAGCGGUCAACAGGACGAUGAAGCGCGUGUACUUGGGAUUCUUCAUCCUGAUAGCAUCGUGGUGCUUUAGCUUUGUACUAGUCGCCAUUUUUCAGUGCACCCCGAUUUCCGACUUUUGGUCCAGUGCGCCAACAAGGAACUGUAUACCUAACUUCCCUUACUGGAAGGUCCAAGGUUUCGGCCACAUUACCACCGACGUUCUGGUCUUCACCCUGCCUCUGCCGGCGCUCUAUCAACUUCAGAUCAACAAGACGCAAAAACUGGUACUGAUGGGCAUCUUCUCCCUCGGCUUCUUCACGUGCGCCAUCUCGGUCAUCAGGCUCAGAUAUCUGGUCGUCGCCGAGGAUGUCACAUGGGACAACACCAUUGCAUCAGUGUGGUCCACCACCGAGGUCAGCACUGGCCUGCUGUGCGCCUGCCUCCCGACUCUACGACCUUUGAUGGGACGCAUGUUCCCCCAGCUCAGAUCUAUAGUCAACAAGAGCACGGCGGGACGCGGCGUUGAGGGUGGCGGCGGACUCGGAUACCAUACGGGCGGAAGCAACAUGGGCGGUGUUAACAGCAAAAACCGCAGCCUGGCCACUACUUCUUCGAACUUUUCCAAGUCUCGGUCCGCCUACCGCGAGAACAGCGACAGCGUAGAGAGGCUGCGCGUGGACGUCAACGGGACCGAGACUUCGCCCGCAGUGAAGGAAGAAAGCUUCUUGGACGACAUCAGCGAGACGGGCUCGCCUCGCGGGUUCAACAUGCAGACGUUUGGAACCAAGACCAAGGUUACCACCGGCAUGGGCAAGGGGGUUCAAGAGCGAUCGCGAGAGUUGCCUUCGCUACCAGCUGGUCAGAUCCGGGUUUCUAGGGAUGUCUACCAGACUCAAUCAUGAUGAUCAUUUGGCUUUUUUAUUCUUC